AGGGUCUGUCAAGUUUGUUCUACGAAUUGCAUUAAGGUGGGCUUGAAAACAAGAGAGAGUCAACGACAUCAGAGUAAAAGAGAUAAAUAUAUAAUGUUGCCACCAAAAAUACAAUUUCGUAUUCUCCCUAAUAAUGAGCGUAUAAAUUGAUUUUUAAAGUAAAUUACCCUUGAAGAUACUUUUAGCUAUUAUUCUAAUGCCAAAAAAUAUACUUAGUUGAGAAAUAUUAGAUAUAAAAUUUAAUAUUACUUAUUAGAAAAUAUAUAUGGGGGAUUAUGUGUGGCAACACUAAUGUCCGGACGCCAUAUUGGUUUUGACAUUGUUGACGUCACAAGAAAAAUGUCUGCGGCCGGUUGCGCACCAUUUUAUCUUGUACUAAUGUUUAUUUGUAAUAAAUAAACUACUUCCAUUUAAUUCUACAUACAUUGAUAACGUUGAGUCGAGCUUGCUCCUCCGUUGCUGUGUUUUGGUGAAAUUAAGUGUGUAUUUGUGAGAUAUAGACUCGGUGUUGAGACAGUGACUUGUUUGAUUUUGUUUUGUGUUUAAUUCGCGAUGAGUUCACAAAAAGAAAACACAAGAAUCUGCUGCUUGUGUGGAUCUUCACCUUCUAAAGAUCCCAGCAUCACUUUGCAUCGGUUUCCAAAGCCUGGCACUAAAAUGCUCUGCGUUGUGAAUUAUGGGCAAAGUAUUGCUUCCCAAACGAAGCCUGGUCUUCACCAAAAUUCCAGGACGCACUCCAUAAACAACAUAAGAUGCUAUGCAGCAAACAUUUCAAAAGCACAUGCUUUAAUGAGAAGAAGUUGUUCAGAACAGCUGUACCUGAUGUUCAAUGCCAAAAGGAUACAACAACUUCUAAUGUGCCAGAUCAAUCUGCCAUAUUUGAACCUGUUGCCGGUCCAUCCAGAAUGAAUCCUUUAACAGAACAUAAUGUAAACAUUAUCACUCCGACCAAUUCAGGAAUGUUUGUGUGCAAGUCUUCAAAACAAGAAAGUGACCAGAAAAGCAAAAUGUUGAGGAAACUGAAAAGUAGUAUGAACAAGGUGUAUAGAUUACAAAAAACUGUAAAACAUUUAAAAAACGAAUCUUUUUUAAAUGUUAUUUGUAACAAUGAGACAGUCCGAGAAAUCCUCAAUACAAAAAUGAGUUCGACAUUUGCACUGUUACUGCAAGGAGAACUGCAGAAUUAUAAGAGGAAGAAGCCUGGUCGCAGGUGGAACAUGGAGGCUAAAAUAAUAGCAUUGAGGCUCUACAAGAGGUCACCAACUAGCUACAAAUUGCUAAGGAGAAUGAUUUGUUUACCAGCACCCAGCACAUUAAAAUCCCUCUUAAGUAAAUUUAAGAUGAAUGUGGGGACACACAAAACAAUACUCACAAUUUUAAAAAACACGACAAAACACUUUGUCCCCUCUGAACGUGAGUACAUAUUGUUGUGGGAUGAAAUGUCCUUAAGAAAAAAUUUAUGGUACAAUUCGAAGACGGAUUUAAUUGAAGGGUUUCAAGACCAUGCUACACAAGGUAGAUCUCCACAGCCAGCUUCAUAUGCCCUUGUAUUUAUGAUAGUUGGAGUCAGGAAACAUUUUAAGCAGCCAGUGGCUUAUUAUUUAUCAAGCGGUUCUGUCACAGCUGACAGACUUUCAGCUUUGAUUAAGGAGGUUUUAAAUUGUUGCUUUGAUGCUGGGAUAAACAUAUGCGCUUCAGUCUGUGACUUGGAUGGAGUCAACAAGAGAGCUCUAUGUCAAUUAGGAGCUUCUGUUGAGAAUCCCUUCAUAGAAGUGAGCAAUCACAAAAUUGUCACUCUAUUUGACACACCACACCUGCUGAAGUGCUUCAGAAAUCUUUUCAUGAAAUAUCAUGUAAGAUUUAGGACCAAUAUAACAUCAGACCACCAACAAGGAAUUGGAGUCGCUAAAUGGAGCCACAUCAAGCAAUUUUAUGAAUUGGACAAUAAUAAUCCCAAUUUUGUGUUUGCACCAUGCCUAAGUAAACAACACCUUGAGCCUAAUUCCAAACAAAAAAUGAGGGUAAAACUUGCGGCACAAGUUUUAAGCCACUCAGUUGCAGCAGGACUAUAUACUAAAAUAGCUGGAGGAGACAUGCCGACUGAAGCCUUGGCAACGGCUAAUUUAAUUUCAAGCAUGGACGAUUUGUUUGAUGGUGUAAACGCGUCGACACCAGACUUAAGGAGAGGAAAAAUAUUUUCCACAAAUAUAAAACACAAUACAGGACAUCUCCAAAUGUUCGAUAAAAUGAAAUUUUUUAAAACCCUGGAAUUCUUGGGAUGCAGGGGUAAUCCCCCAUCAAAAGAUGGCUGGAUUUGGACCCUCAAUGGGUUAGAAAUGGUUUGGAAAAUUCUAAGUGCCAAACAUACUACAGUUAAAAGUUUAUCCACGAGAAGAUUCCAGCAGGAUCCUCUUGAAAAUUUAUUUGGAUGCAUUCGAUUCAACUGUGGAUCCAAUAGCAACCCAACAGUUGCACAAUUCGUUGCUGGAUUAAAAACAGCUGUAAUAAGCAACAUGGCACAUACUAGCUCAGGUAAUUGUGAGCUGGAUAGCAACAGUGCCAUAAUUACCAAUUUUAAAAAAUUAUUGACACCAGCCACAGACAUGCACACUGAAACUGAACAAUCGGAGUCUGUUAUAGAAAAUGAAAUUGAAGAAAAUAUUAUUUCCUCCCUGGAACAAAAUUUGGAGGAAGGAAGUAGCGAACUACAAGCAUGUGCUUAUGUCUGUGGCUUCAUAAUUAAAAAUAUAAAAAUAUUUGUAAGAACUGUAAAAAUAUUUUAGUCUCCGAAACACCAG